UUUUGUUUUUUCAGUUGGAAUGGAGGUUCACAUUAUAGUGGCGACAGCUUUCAUUUUCUUGGGCUGUUGCACCAACGUAUUCUUCCUCGAAUUGUUGGUCAAAGAGCAUCCAGGAUGCACCAAUUUGAUAACGUUUUCGCAGUUUCUCUUCAUCGCCAUAGAAGGAUUCAUAUUUGCAACAAAUUUCGGCAAGAGACGCCCUGUGGUGCCGCUCAAACAUUACAUCACACUGGUUGUCAUGUUUUUCUUGGUCAGCAUUUCUAACAAUCACGCCCUUUCAUACGACAUCUCAAUGCCUCUGCACAUGAUCUUCAAAUCCGGCUCACUUAUUGCAAACAUGGUACUAGCCAUCAUUCUACUGAAGAGGAGGUACCCACUGUCCAAGCACCUUGCAGUAUUUAUGAUAACUGUUGGCAUUGUGAUAUGCACCAUAGCUUCAGUAGGCGACAAGGAAAAAGCAGGGACUGUUAAAACGGAAGACAGCAGCCUUUACACCAGAUGUGUUGGCAUAGGGCUUCUCUUGUUUGCUCUCCUGCUCUCGGCUCGCAUGGGAAUUUACCAGGAAACACUUUACGCCCGCUAUGGAAAGCACCCCCGUGAAUCUCUCUUCUAUGCUCAUGCUCUGCCACUGCCUGGGUUUCUCCUCCUUGUCCCAAACAUUUAUUCGCACGCCGUGCUCUUCAACCAAUCAGUGCCACUGCCUCUGCCUGUGUUGGAAAGCAUCCCAAGGUCCUGGGUAUACCUUCUCCUAAAUGUCAUCACCCAAUAUGUCUGCAUCCGAUCGGUGUACGUGCUGACAACCGAGUGCUCCUCACUGACAGUGACACUGGUGAUCACGCUCCGCAAGUUCGUCUCGCUGCUCCUGUCCAUCUACUGCUUCCAGAAUCCAUUCACGCUAACCCACUGGUUCGGCACGGUGCUUGUGUUCACGGGAACGUUACUCUUCACGGGAGUGCUAUUGCCGGCACCUGCAGUCACGGAGUCACGGUUGAAGACGCAGUAGGACACUGUUGUGCCUUUCAUUUUUGUACCCCUGCACUGGGUGUGGCUUUGCUGCUUCCGGCCAUGGCAGUAUCCUAGUUCAUACUUUUGCCUCGGCAAUUCGGUGCAGCGUGACAAAAGCAGACUCCUUGUCUGUACUCUCGUCUCACUAGUUCCAUGUAGUGCAGCCAAAGCUUUUGCUUGUUUCAGCCAAUUGGGAAUGAGAGUUGGUUAUUUGUCUCAGAGAAGACAGGAGGGCUUGCACUAAUCCUAUUGAGAUCUUUUCCAUUUCAUGAAGCAUGGAAGGGGAUUAACGCUGUACGAACAAGCCCUUCUGGUUCUUAUUUGUGGUUGGCUAAAUGAAACGCUUUACUGCAUGGAGUUGGCGAAGUGCAACAGGUCGAGGCAAGCUUUAACAAUACAUACUGCUUCAUUGAGGGAGAAACAGGUAUAAAUGGCUCUUCUUACUAAGCUGCUUGCUGCUUUAUACUCGCAUUUCAUGCGAAGGUUGCAUUUAGUGAUGGUUUAUGUUUAAUAUCAUGUGUGGAUGCAGUACUUGCAGCUUUUGCAACACUGCAUGGAAUCGUUUGUGAGGUGAAGUAUAGCUCAUUAACUGCAACAGGUCAAGGCAAGCUCCAACAUACUGAAUGUUGCAUUGCUAUAUAAUCUCGGUAUAUAUGACUCUUCUGACUGAAAUUUCACAUGAAAUUUAAAUUUAAUAUUGGGUUUUGCCCGUGUCUGGAUGCUGCACUUGUUUUUAAUGUAGGAUAACUCGACACCGCGUAUGAUCUGCAGCAAAGCUGGAUGGAAAGCGUAUGUUUACUCAAAGAAGGGAACAGUGAUGCCAUCUGUUGCCAGGAGUAGAAACUGUUCCAUGCCCUCUUUUCCGCAGUGAUCAUUUCACCCCCAGCAGAUGUCAUUAUUCCUCGUAAUGAGCACAGCAGACAAUGCAUAUGCCUAAAUAAGUUGAGAUAAAACCAGCAAACACAUCCUACCAAUGUAUACAGAAGACCUGCUGCAAAGUACCACUUUCGUAUAUAAAGCUCGAGUGCAGAAAAGCUAGCAGUUUUGUCAAAAGAGCCAGUCAUAUUACUUAACCUCCCUUAUCUAUUCAUUAUAAUGCACUGUUAACUUAAACGGACACUGUGACCUUUGGCCACUGUUCCCUUUCUUUAAGAAGAAAGCCUCUAGCUCUGUGAUGUCAGACUUCUUGAAUUGGUGGGGCUUUGGCAUGUUUCAAACGCGACAUAUGCUUACAGGUCCCCAUGAUCUGUUCUGCACUUACUUUCAUAAGAUAUUUGUUCUUUUCGAGUGGCAGCAUUGAAGAAAAAUAAAAUUAACUGUAAAAAUAAAUAACUGGUAAAAAAUAAAGCCACAUUAUAUGCAGGGUGUCCCAACUAUCACACACCAAGAUUUAAAAUAUGCAAAUGCCAGGCAAUGUUGUUUGUCAUUGCUUGGAGAUACUGAGAUUAUUUUUUUUUUGCAUUCCCCCUAAUUACAUAAUUAGUGUUAAUUAAUUGAUAAACUUCUCAAAUAUUAUAUUUAGAUGAAAAGUGUCAAUGAGAAAAUUGUAGGGCAACAUGAGAAACUCCCGAUACAGCUUUCUGUCGCUCAAUAUGUGCUACGUGAAAGUAUUUUUCCAAGCAUGAAAGAAGCCCACGAAUACACACAAAGUGCCUCGAGCGGCUAGUUGCGUGGCAAUUUUAUGCGUAUUUGCAGGCUUCUUUCACGCUUCAAAAAAAAAGCUCUUUUAUGUAGCACAUAUUGAGCAACAGUAAGCUGUAUUGGGAGUUUCUAAUGUUGCUCCACAAUUUUCUCAUUGAUACUUUUAAUCUAAUCAUAAUAUUUGAGACUGGUUAAUUAUUUAGGACCAAUUAUGUGAUAAGGUGGAAUGCAAGAAAUAAUCCGAGUAUUUCCAAGUGACGGCAAAUAACACCACCUUGGUUCUCUGUCCAGCUACGUGGCAUUGGCAUAUUUUAAAAUCUUGGUGCAUGACAGUUGGGACGCCUUGUACUACAUAUGUUUAUGAACAACAUUCAAGCGCACAUUCAUUUUAUGUCUGGAGUGUCAUUCCAAAGGAGCGUAACGCCAUACCCAGUGACAGUUCUAGGAGGGAUAUACUAUAUGCUUACAACAGACUAUACAAUAAAAGCUCCUUUUACAAGCUUCAUAACUGCAUGCGUCUUUUUUUUGUGCAUGCUGAGCAUAUGAUCCAGUCAUACACACA